AUGCGCCUCUUCCUGAUCCCGAUCUCGACGAGUCGGGUCCUCAUCUACGCUCGACCACUGCAAAAAGACAUGGCGAAAGAGCUUUCAGUCCUCGAUCGAGUCACUACAAAGGCAGCUGAGACCUGGGCCAAGUGGGAGGAAGCUGAAAAAGGGUGGAAGAAGCACCUUGUGACCUGGGGCAACCGAGUCCAGCAACGGAUACCAUACGAAGAAUGGGGUCUUAAAAGCAUUCCCUCUUUCGAAACACAGAAGCGACUGGAUAAUAGCCACGGGGAGAACAAGAUUGAUGUGUUGUUCCCGGGGAACGCAGUGCGACAGGAGACAAUCACCAGUCUGCUGCGCACUAUCGCUACGGAAAGACAGGAGCUUCACAAGAAGAAGAUGAUGUGGAGUCUCUUCCUUGCGCCCGUUACCGCACCCUUUGGACUGGUUCCAGUGAUCCCCAACAUUCCCUUUUUCUAUGUGGCCUACCGGGGCUGGUCCCAUUGGCGCGCAUUGAAUGGCUCAAAACACCUCGAACACCUCGUUGAAAAGAAUCUCCUCAACCCUAUCUCUUUCCCCGCGUUAGAACAAUUGUAUGCCAAACGCGCAUCCCGAGCGCUUGACAGUGCCAAGAUCGAUACACCACACUCCGAGGUCAUCGAAGAAAUUGAACAGAGCGAGGAUCGUAUCUUGCUGAAGAUGUCAGAUGCCAAGAAGCUAGCCACGAUCUUAGAGGCGCCAGAGCUCGCGUUGGAGGCCGAGCGAGCAAUUAUCCAGGUCAGGGAGCAGCUCGAGGCUGCAAAGGCCAAAAAUGCGGAGCAAAACGAUGAGAAGAAGAGCUCAUAA